AUCUUCUCGACGCCCAUCCGAAUCGUCCUGCGAAAGGGCGUGGUCCUCUUUCAAUAGCAUGUGGCUUUGUUCUCAAUCUUUGUGCCAUCUGAAUCAAUAUUUGUCCUCUCCUGUGUCCGCUGUCACCGAAGAGCGACGGACCGCCGGCCAAAUCAGGUUUCAGCGGCAGUACAUAAGAACCUAGCAUGAACAUAGCUGGCAGAAUCGUCGUCAUCACUCCUGUGGUAUUACUAUAAGAUCCUCGAGGGGGAUCAAUACCUCCUUUCACCCCUCCCAUCAUCUACCAUCAUGGUCAACUUGACGAUUCUCGCUGGAGGCUAUGCUACGUUUGUCGCAUCGUAUCUCUUUGACAGCGAUGCUGGCAGCCUUACCUUGUUGAACCAAUCCCCAACGGGAGCAAACCCUUCUUGGAUUACGCUUCACCCGACGAACAGCAGCAUUCUUUAUGCUGUCAAUGAGAACACUGAGGGCGCUUUGCAGAGUUACACCAUCGGCCCACAGGGUGUUUUGACUGGUCCCAUCGACGAAGUCUCCUCUGGAGGUGACUCACCUGCGUUCACGGUGGGCCUGUCCACCGGCCAGGUGGCAAUCAUGAACUACAAUUCGGGCAAUGGAAAGAUCGUACCCACCACGACGGACCCGCUUCACUUCGACGCCUCUGCGCCUUUGAUCACGUUCCCUGCUCCUACAUCCCAUCCCCAUAUGGCAUUGGAACACGGUUCGGAGGUGCUCGUUCCUGAUCUCGGUGGGGACACCAUUUGGCGUUUGACCGAAGCUGGCAGCCCCGGAAACUUUUCGAUCCAAGGACAGAUUAACCAGCCCACAGGGAGUGGACCUCGUCAUAUCAGGAUCUACAACGAGACCCUCUUCACUCUUCACGAACUCUCCUCAACCCUCACUUCUGAGCUCUUACCCGCCGCACCCAACGCCACGUCAAACAUAAUCACCCAACUCUCCAUCAUCCCUCCCAACAACCUCACCGACCCCGCGUGGGCCGGCGGCGAGAUCCUCAUUCCCGACCUCCACGCAGACGCCAACUUCUCCACUCCGUACAUCUACGCAUCGAACCGUAACACCGGGACUACCGUGGACCCUCGUGGCGAUACGGUCGCGAUCUUCAAGAUCUUGGAUGGUGGGUCUUUCGAGCUCGUGAAUCAGGUGUACACUGGCGUGAACCAGGUUAGGGGCUUGUGGAUCGGUGGACCGAAUGAUGAGUUUGUUGUUGCGGGAGGUGUGGUGGGCACUGGUGGUGUGGUUGUUUUCCAGAGGACAGACGGAGGGGCGAACUUGGUGGAGGUGGCCAGGAAUACGGAUAUUCCGACGAGGACAAGCUUUGUCUUCGGCGAUUGGUGAGGUGUUCAUGUUGAAUCUUGCGCAAAAACAGGGAGUCGCAUACUAUACCCUGCCCACUGUGUUGUUGUAGCAUCUGUUUUACUGCAGAAUGUAACACGAGUUGGACGUUCAAGUCAAAAGCC